AUGUGCAAGCAUGGUGAAAGCAGCCGGCGGCAAACGACAGUAAACUCCCGGCCAAAGCCGGCAGACAAGCACAAGUUUCGUCGGCAGUUUGCCCCAGAAAUACGGGCAGACCAGUCGCCAAACUCAGACGGCUUGAGGCUUCCUGGGACUCCUGUCGUUCUUCCGUCGUGGCCAUACGAAAGAGCUUCGGAGGAGAUACGAAGCCCGACGAGCCCGCACGCCUUGGUGCCUCCGCUGGCACGAAAGCGCCUUGCGUGGGCUCGGGCUGCGACUGAAGACGUGAUUUGCUGCUCUCCCUGUUCUCCCUGUGCUUUGUCGCCUGCUCCACCAUCGCCCUCGCCGCGAUCCUCACCUUCGCCCCAUUCACGAUCUCCUCAGGCAGCCAAGCUCUCGCCACUGAAAACUCGUGCUCUUUCCGUGGACACGUGCUUUGUGUCGAGCUUCGUCCGAGUCCACACCCCAAGUAGCGAUGGUGAAAGCAGACAUGAUCCUCUUACAGUCACGGAAGUAUCCUCGCAGGAAAGCCGCGGGCAGGAUUUGCAAGACAGCAUUCGACGCCGCAGCCAGCAUCUGCGCUCACGGCUGCAAAAGGCGGUGGCAUUGCAACGGCUAUGCGACGAAGAAGGAAUACCAAACGACUUUGCUGUCAAAGCACCUGCUGCGAGAAGAGCACGUCGAGCUCGGUCCACCUUCCAUUUCACCAUUGAUGGACGGCCAGUGAGCCAGGGGGAACGAGAACAAUGGGAUGCAGCUUUCGCGAAGUUCGCGAGCGAUGGCGAGAUCCAUGUGGAUGACUUGAGAAGGGCCUUGCAGCUGUGCGGCUUCUGCGACGUGAGGGAAGCGGCUUUGCAGGAGGCGCUUAAGGACUGUACUGCCUACAAUACCCUCGACAAAGGGGAGUUCGAGAGCUUUGUGUGUCGCUUCGAUUGCGGCCUUCAUGGAACAUACAAGAUGGAAUUCGGGCAGCUGGAUCCAUGCAGUGCCGGCACGAUCGAUGCUGGUCAGUUGGAACAUCUGCUGAAGCGAAUUGGACAGCCUGUUCGCAGAUUUGUGUUAGAUGAGCUUGUGAGCGAAGUGAACGGUGACGGGUAUGGACACGUCGACUUUGAUGGAUUUCUCAAGGUCCGCCACUUGAUAAAGAAGCGUGAGGGUUUUGCCGCAAGAGAACUGGACCUUUUCUCCCAAGUCUUCGAGCACUUCGACCGUGAGAAGACGGGCUUCAUCAGCCAAGAAGAGUUCGCCAAUGCACUCGCGUGGCUGGGUUUUCCUGACAGCUUCGCUGAACUCCAUGUGGAAAGGAGGGAUGGCAGGCUCAGCGAGAACGAAUUCCUCCGGUGCCUGUGGAAAGUGCACAGCCAUGAGACGGCACUGGUGGAAAGGUUCUUUGAAAGCCGCGAUGCCCUUGGUGGAAGGAGCGCUAUCAACAAGCAGCUGCGUUCAGGUGAGGAGCUCGUUACCCUGAUCCACGGCCUGGGUUAUUCCCCUUCGCCCCAGGCGGUCCUUAAUGCCAUGGCUCAGACUGGCCUGUUGGUGGACUGCAGCCUUGAGGCAGCAACUGCCCAGGCCUUUCUCCGCUCAGUGCCGCUCGACAUCGGAGUGGAUGAGGUGUGCAGACUUCUAAGCAGCCUGCGAUCCUGCGAUGGCUUCACCGACUCCGAGAUGCGCAAUCUGAGGGAGGCCUUCAGCUUCUAUGCCAAGAGCAAGAAGGACGCAAUUUGGGCCCCAACUGUUUGCAAGGCCUUGCGGUGGCUCGGGCAUCCCCUGCCCUUGGACGACGUCCUCCGACUUAUCGGCGAGGUUGAUGUUGAUGGGACCGACAUGUUGGACUUCAAGAUGUUUGUGAAGGUAACUCGUAAAUGCAAAGAGAAGGAGCAAAGAAGGGCAACGGAAAUGUUUCGUUGCCUCGACAUGGACCAUGUGGGCUUCCUUGACGACUCGGAGCAAUGCCAAGCUCUGGAGAGCUUGGGUUGUUUGGAUGAGAAUGGGCAGCCGCCGCCUCGCUCUGCAGGAGAGCGCAACGGCGCCGACCUUUCCACCUUUCUGAACAUCAUCGAGAGGUUCAAGAUGUCGUCGCGGGCCACCAGCCGCGAACACCAGGGCUACGGCUUCCAAGAGGUUGCGGAGCUCAGAAAAAUCUUCCACAACUCAGACAGGAAUGGGAAUGGCACGAUGUCAAGAAGCCAGCUGGCGCGAGUUGUGGAGCAGCUGUUUCCUCGAUUGGCCCACACGAUCGAGUUUCGCCCUGUGCUUACCCAUCUAUUUGAGACCGCCGACCAGGAUCACAACGGGUCGCUCGACUUUCUCGAAUUUGUUUCCAUGGUUCGCCAGAUCUCGGACCACGAGAACGAAAAGGAGGCCAUUGAGGACCUCGGCUUCUCCCAGGCGGAAGCGAACCAAUUUCGGGAGCUCUUCAUGACCACAGAUGAGGCCGGAAGGCAUCUGAGGGCCUAG